AUGCCCCCGAUCCCCGUGUUUGGACCGGGGCUUGAGGCGGACUACACCAAGAUAGUCCAGAUUGUGGGAACGCAGAUUGACACUCUGACAUACAAGGCAUGGCGACACCAAGAAGUGAUUGAAAAACUGGAAAGCCUAUGUCACGACCUGGUAUUUCAAGCAACCUGCGAUGAACGCAAGUCUCGCAGCCAUCUUCUUGGGUAUGCCCAAUUCCGACGUUUCUCCAUGACACUCAGACUUUGGUUACCCGAGGCAAUCCUCGUCCUCAGGAGUGACUGGACCAGUCGUCAGAUAAGUAACCGGACCUUCGAUUGGAUGAGAGAGAAUGUGAUUGAAUACAGGGCAACUUGUAUUCUCAAGGAGGCACUUCUUGCCGUACAAUCAACUGACUGGUAUCUUUGA